UUGUCUAAGAAAUCACUUCUGGAGACAUCGUUAUCGUCGUUAAUGGUGUUGUCGGCCAUCAAACCAAUCAAUUAUAUCCACAAAAUGGCUUUUAGUGAACACAAAAAUCGCUAUCUGGAGAUGCCUUUGGAGGACAAGAGGAGUCUAUACAAGUGUGGCGACCGAUACCACAAGUUGGAGGACAUCCUGUCGUGGAACCAGUACUCCAAACUCAAAGGCAUUCACAACAAGUUCUCGACGUCUGACUUUGUCUUCAGCCGUGACAUCAAUGACAAGGUGUCGGUCUUCGUGGGCGACAUCACUGCCCUCGAAGUGGACGCCAUCGUCAACGCAGCCAAUCAGCAGCUCAAAGGAGGCGGAGGGGUCGACGGCGCCAUUCACGCGGCCGCCGAUCGGGAUCUGCUUCAGUCGGAGUGCCGCACAUUGAAUGGCUGUCCCACAGGAAGCAGUAAAAUCACCGGAGGAUACAAAUUGCCCGCAAAAUGUGGGUUUGACGUGAUCCAUACGGUGGGACCGGUAGGCGAAAAGCCACCACUUCUUCAGUCGUGCUAUAGAAGUGCAUUGGAUUUGAUGGCUGAGAAUCAACUGACGUCUAUAGCCUUUCCCUGUAUCUCUACGGGAGUGUAUGGAUAUCCCAAUGAAAACGCCGCUCACAUCGCCCUCAGCACUGUUAGGGAGUGGUUGGACUCCAGUCCCGCCUCUGGACGCACACAACGCGUCAUAUUCUGCUUAUUCCUUCAAAUAGAUAUCGAUAUUUACCACAAAUUAAUGCCAAUAUAUUUUCCAUUGCAGUAAUUACCACUUAAUUAUGACUUCAAGUCUUAUCAAACAUUUCAAACUUACCAAUCAGAGCUUAAAC